CAUGCCUCCUUAAAACGAGCCAAUUCUUUGUGAAAGCUAGCUGAAUGCUGCGUUUCACGUCAAAUAUAUAGAAAAACUUGAUUUUUAUAAAAACCAAAAUAUAUUGGCACAGGUAAUUUAUGUUUUUUGUACGUUGAGGUCUUUUCAAUACUCGUUGCUGUGGUUUCGACUCAUAUUACUCACUGGGAGAGUUUUCACUUCUUAAGACUUUCACAAAUCUUUUUAUUUUAUCCUUUUUCGUUUUCUCUCGGAGGUCGUUUGCUUUUUUUAUUACCGUAUAAGAAAUCGUCGGUAUACGAUCGCAAUGAUUGAUUUAAAUGAACUCGUCGAUUAUAUGCCCUUGAUUUUGAGGCUUUAUUUCUUAGUUCUAUUUGGAUUGUAUAGUUACACUUUUGCAUUAUGGCUUUUAUACGAGCAUCGUGUUGAUGUUUUUGCUUUGCUAAACAAUCCUCUACCAGUUAAUCGCCUUAAUCAUUCUCAGGCUCCUCUUUAUAGACUUACUUACAAACUCUCCAUCAUUGGAACACUUCUUUUUGUUAUUGCCGAGGCUAUUUAUCUAUUAACCCGGUCAUCUGAGCUGUCCUACAUUCCUGUCGCUAUAUUCUGUAUCAUUGUUUUUAUGCCUGUGCGUAAAUUGCAAUACUUUCAACGAAAGGUGUUUAUACGGCAAUGCCUGCGAGUCUCUACGGGUAAAUAUGCUGUAGAAUACAAAUUUCCGGAUGUUAUUUUUUCGGAUUUGCUCACCUCAUACUCUCGAGUAAUUGCUGAUUUAUGGCUUGCAGGAGCCAUCCUCAUUUACACCAUCGAUGAGCCUUCUAGAUCACGAAGAAAGGAAUUAGAAAAUGAGGUUAUUAUGUCUUUGAUAGCUGCUUACCCUUAUGCUAUACGUUUUCGUCAGUGCCUCAUAGAACGUGCUCAUUCUGAGAAUGUCGAAAGCCAAUUCUGGAGUACAAUGAAUGCAAUUAAGUAUUUGACAGCGUUUCCAGCAAUCUUUUUAGGUAUUGUUGGAAACGAGCGAAUGACUUUUAUGUGGCUUCUUUGGAACGCUUCGUCCGCCAUUAAUUCAACCUAUUCUUUUUGGUGGGAUGUCUCUCAGGAUUGGAACUUGGAUUUUUUAAAAAACCCAUUAUCUGACAAGAGCUGGAAGUUUCAAACUCGUCGCCCUUUCUCUCUCCCUGUAUAUAUCGUCUUUAGUGUUCUUGAUUUCGUUUUGCGAAUGUCAUGGGUUGUCAGAAUUCUUUCCCAAAGACACACCAGUUUUUUUGCAACGGAUUUUGGGAUUUUUUUAAUGCAGUUCCUCGAAGUAUUUCGAAGAUGUAUUUGGGUAUUCUUUCGGAUUGAGGCUGAAGCUUCAAAAACCAUGGCUUACUUGAGUGUGCACGACAAUAAUGAUGAUUCUCUUUCUCAUCCCGAUUAAUGCUUACGAUUUUUUAAUCAUUUUUCGUUUUUUUAAAAAGUCAAACGUACUUUCAAGUGAAUGACACUUACGAUUCAAAACUUUUUAUCGUUUACUGCUGACACCAUUAUGGAAUUACCUUUUUUUAGUUUUUCUUCUCAUUCUUUGUUUUUUAUUCAUAAUAAUUUCUUUAGUGGUAGUUCAGCAAUUUACGGUUUAUAAGCUUAAUAGAUUUCAGCUUCAUAGCUUUCUCUGUAGUUCGUGG